AUGGCCAAGUCUGCUACUACUACCAAGAAAGGAUCGAAGAAAGCUGUCGAAUCAAAGCAGGAAGAGAAGAAAGCUGUAAAACCAGUUGAAUCCUCUUCCUCCUCUGAGAGCGAAUCGUCGUCUUCCUCUGAUAGCGAGUCGUCAUCUUCAUCUGAUAGCGAAUCUUCACCUUCAUCUGAUAGCGAGUCAUCAUCGUCUUCUGAUGGCGAAUCCUCAUCCUCCGAUGACGAAUCAAGCUCUUCGGAAAGCGAACAAGAGGAACAACAGAAGGAGAAGAAGAGUCAGAGCUCUUCUUCUGAUAAUGAAUCAUCAUCGUCGAGCAGUUCCGAGUCCUCUUCCGAUGAAGAGGAAGAAGAAACUGAAAAGAAGGAAGAAUCAAAGACCUCUUCAAGCUCAUCUUCUAGUUCUUCCUCUUCCAGCUCUGCUUCAGGUGCUGAAGAGAGCGAUUCCAGCUCAGAUAGUGACUCUAGCUCUGAAAGCUCCUCCUCCGACAGUGAUUCCUCAUCCUCCUCUUCAUCUGACGAAGAAGACGAAGAAGAAAAAAAGCAAGCUGAACCGGAAGACAAGAGCUCCAAGAAGCGUAAGGUAGAUGACUCUGAAGAAAAAAAAUCCAAGAAGCAAAAGGUCGAGUUAAGCGGCGAACCUGCCACAAUCUUCGUAGGAAGAUUGUCCUGGUCUGUCGAUGACGAAUGGCUAAAGAAAGAGUUCGAACACAUCGGUGGUGUUGUCAGUGCGAGAGUUAUCUACGAGAGAGGCACCGAUAGGUCUCGUGGGUACGGUUAUGUCGACUUCGAGGACAAAUCGUAUGCCGAGAAGGCUGUUAGCGAGAUGCACGGUAAGGAAAUCGAUGGUAGGCCAAUCAAUUGUGACAUGUCAACAGGCAAGCCUGCAGGCAACUCGAACAACGACCGCGCCAAGAAAUACGGUGACGUCCCAUCCGAACCAUCCGAGACGCUUUUCCUAGGUAACCUAUCCUUCAACGCCGACAGAGACACCAUUCACGAGCUUUUCAGCAAAUACGGUGAAAUCGUCUCUGUCCGUGUCCCAACACAUCCAGAAACUGAGCAACCAAAGGGUUUCGGUUAUGUCCAAUAUGGUAACGUCGAAGACGCCCAGAAGGCUUUGGAAGCAUUGCAAGGUGAGUACAUCGACAACAGACCAGUCAGACUAGAUUUCUCCACCCCAAGACCAAACAACGAGAGAGGUGGGAGAGGUGGCAGCUUCAGAGGCAACGAUAGAGGUGGCAGAGGUGGCAGCUUCAGAGGCGGUAGGGGCGGCAGCAGAGGCGGCAGAGGUGGUAGACCUUCAGGGUCCGGAGCUAACACUGCUCCAUUAGGUAAACCAAGAAACACGGCCACUUUUGCCGGUUCCAAAAAGACCUUUGACGAUUAA